CAGGGGGAGAGAAAGUGGCAGAGGGAGGAGGGGGGACUUGGAGAGAGGUAAGCUGCACCUGCACAUGGAAGAAGUCUCUCCGGCUCUCUGUUUCUUUCCCGUUCUCCGCUAAUAGGAUAAUUGACAGAGCUGCGCAGUGCUUUUUGCUGGAUGAGCGUGGACGCAUGUAGGGGUCUCUGAGCGGAAGCCCCGCGCAGGGAGAAACUUUUGAUGCGCGGCUCUGCUCUCAGCAGCGCGCCGCAGCAGCAGGACUCCAAACGCCAGAGAUGCUCUGACAAGAAGAGGAACUUUGUGAAACAAAGUACAUUUUUGCCGUCGAGAAAUCCGCAUAUUACAGGCAUGGAUCAGAAGGCAGUGUGCGCCGGAUGCCACCGGCCGAUCAGAGACAGGUUCCUGCUCAGAGUCAGCGACGGCCUCUGGCAUGAGGAGUGCGUGCGGUGCGCGGCGUGCGGGGACCCGCUCAGGAACUCCUGCUUUCUGCGGGACCGCAAACUUUUCUGCAGGCGGGACUACGCGGAUCUGUUCGCAGUCCGGUGCGGGCGCUGCGCGGAGGCCAUCUCCCCCGCAGAGCUGGUGAUGCGAGCAGGGGCCGCCGCAUUCCACCUGCGCUGCUUCACCUGCAAGGUCUGCUCCUGCCGCCUGCAGACCGGGGACCGCUGCGUCCUCAGGGAGGGACAGCUUCUGUGCGCCAGAGAGGACUACCACCAAGCUCUGGCCAGUCCAGCAUCUUCAGAUACAGCAGGUAAAAGUGACAAUGAUGAAGAGGAGGAGUCGGGGCGGGUCACACGCAGACUAGGUGGCGCAGAUCAUCCAGAAACCAAACGUCCCAAAAGACCUCGCACUAUUCUGACUACCCAGCAGAGACGGACUUUCAAGGCUUCCUUUGAGGUGUCAUCGAAGCCGUGCCGAAAGGUAAGGGAGACCUUGGCAGCGGAGACUGGCCUGAGUGUCCGGGUUGUGCAGGUCUGGUUCCAGAACCAGAGAGCUAAGAUAAAGAAAUUAGCCAGAAGACAACAGCAGCAGGAACAGCAGCACACUCAGGAGCAGUGUGAACUCACCACAGUGCCCUCGUGUGGCAGCUUGACUUCAGAGAGGAAGCACCUUGGGUCAUCAUUUGUCCAUGUUCAGCAGCAGCAGCAGCAGCAGCAGCAGAUGGGGUUCACCGCUCUGGAGCAGCAGGACUGGGACACAGACCCCUUCAGACAGGGCCUGACUCCGCCCCAGAUGCCAGGGGAUCACAUGCACCCUUACGGUUUUCAGGGCUUGUACGGAGACGUGGACAGGGAGCCUUUGUGUCACGUUGCAGAAAACGACUGCCUCUCCCUGGCUGGAUCGUCUCCGCUGACUCCCAUCGACUGCCUGUACUCCAUGCAGGAUUCCUACUUUGCCUCCUGAGGCUGGAGUCCGGGCUCCAUGGUUUAUCUCUGCAGGCCAUUUAAAUCCGUGAAUGUAUUCAGAGGCGGGCCUGGGUACACUGUGAUGCUGUGUAAUUUAUCAUUUUCACUUCUUGACCAACGUCAUCACGUUACUGCCUUUGCUGCGUUGCAAUCCUCCUGUGCAGCACAACUUCUACCACGUGUAUGAACCCUGCAAGCACGACGCUGCCGCCCUCACUUUUUGCAUUUAUGCAUUAGACUCCUUUUAUGCAUGUAAAUAAUCACCUGCUAGCGUAUUUGUAUUUAUUCUCACGACGUGUGUGUGUGUA